AUGAGAAUACAUCCAGACCAAGGACAAGACAUUUACAUACGACUCGCAUCUUCAGAGUUUGACCAUAAAAAGAAAAAGAGGAACUUGAAGCGUGCUGGAACUCUUGCAGGAGUUAUUGCAUUCAUUAUAGGACUUACCUUUAUUAUAUUGGUCACAUUAACGUCUAGAAAGAAGCUUGGUAAGCCAGGAAGUAUAAAAAAUUUAUUUCACAAGAAGGGGAAGGAAGAUGGUGACUUGAAAACAUUAUUUGAUUUUUCAACCAUCGAUAAUGCAACAAACCACUUCUCUAGCAUAAACAAGUUAGGAGAAGGUGGUUUUGGGCCGGUGUACAAGGGCAUCAUGGUAGAUGGCCAAGAGAUUGCUGUUAAGAGGCUAUCUAAAACAUCAGUUCAAGGAAUUAAGGAGUUCAAAAAUGAAGUACAGUUGAUGGCAACACUUCAACACCGCAAUCUUGUAAAGCUUCUUGGUUGUUCUAUUCAACAAGAUGAAAAGUUAUUGAUCUACGAAUUCAUGCCCAACAGAAGCUUGGAUCACUUUAUUUUUGAUUCUACGCAAACCAGAUCAUUUAUGGGAGACCAAGCCGAGGCUAAAACAAAUAGAGUGAUGGGAACAUAUGGAUAUAUGCCUCCAGAAUAUGCAGUGCGUGGAUCUUUCUCAAUAAAAUCUGAUGUUUUUAGUUUUGGAGUUGUUGUACUUGAGAUAAUUAGCGGUAAGAAGAAUAGCAGAUUUUGUGACUCUCGACAUCAUUUAAACCUUCUUGGACAUGCAUGGAAACUAUGGAUUGAAGAAAGGCCACAGGAGUUGAUAGCUGAUAUAUUAUAUGAUGAGGCCAUAUAUCCUGCCAAUCUCACAUAUGCUAUUCCUCUUCCUGGAUCAGAUCAAGUUCAAGUAAGGAAUGGCCAAGGAUACUUCUAA